AUGACCGAGAUGUACUCGGGGCUCCAUGUGGGCCAGCGAUUCCCCUCUCUGGAAGACUUUAAGGCGGUGAUACGAAGUAUAUCGGUGCGACAACACUGGGAGCUCCGUGUGACGCGCAGCAACAAGAAGAGCGUGGUAAUCGGCUGUCGAUCGGGGGUCAAUUGCUUCUUCCGCGUGGUCUGCCGCUCCAACAAAAAUGCGACCUAUAUCAGCAGCCUUCAAGAUAGCCAUAGCUGUCGGCGCGGCGCAGAAUCCCCAGCGGCCACGCCGGCUCGCUCGGAGGCAUCACAUGUGCGGUUCUUGCUCAGCGAGAUUCCCAAACUGUUUGAUAUGAAGACCAAAAUUAGGGCUCAGGAUGUCGUGGAUGCCGUUAAACGCUAUCAUGGAUACGAUAUCUCCACUCGACAGGCGCAGCGAGCGUUGACCAAGCUCCAGCCGCAGUCUGUUGAGAAUCAGAGUGAUCAGCCGCUAGACGUGGACGUGACUGCAGCUGAUCAGCAGUCGCCUUCGUCACAGCAUGAAUCGCAAGAUGACGGAGGGCCCAGGUACCGAGAGAUCUCGGGCCAUCGCUGGCUUCCUGAUGGCCUCCUACCACCACUGAUUGAAAGCGGGAAUAUGCCCCAACCUCAACCCCCAAGCAACCACGUCUCCACACCACCCCCGAACCCUCAGCCCGUGCAACCCCCACCCUUGGUCCAACGGACACCCCAGAUGGGGCCAUCUGAAUCACCCGCUCUCAACCAUGAUGCGCGGCCGAUGACGGUUGCGCAUCCCCGGGUCCCAUACCCGCCUGCUGCUGCUCUACCCAUAGUGGACUCGGAGCACCCCAAAGGCCCAACCUACCCGCCUCGCGAUACAGCCCCGCCUGUCCCACACAUGGUCCUGACGAACUUCAAAAUUGAAUUCUCAUGUACGAGUUGUGGAGCUUUGAACCAGAGCUUCUUCCCGAACCAGGGUAACGUCACUGGGGAUAGCUACAUGGGCCAUCACCCAGUCCCAAACCCGAGCGAUCUCGCGAGACAUGCCGGGCCCCCUCCUCAGGCUGGGACGAGAAAUGAUGGCAAUGAUGUGGGCGAGAGCAGCGGCUACGACGUCAAUACCCCGAGCGCUCGUGAUAUCCAGAAUGCAUGGGCCGCUGGUGAUCUCGGGGUCCCCAUCGGACCAUCACAUACUUGA